AUGGCUUAUGCUGCAGUUGUUUCACUCUCACAGACCAUAGAUAUCUUCCUUGAUUAUCAUCAAAAUUCCAUUUCCCUUCAAUUGAAAGACGCAAUCACCUCCCUUCAUAAACACUCUGUUUUCCUGCAAUCGUUUUUCGAUGAAUUCCCACACAAAACCAACCCCUGGGAAGAAAUCAUCAGCGAGGCGACAUACAUGGCAGAAAGGAUCAUCGAGCUUCAAUUAUCGGAUUCAUUGCUCGAAUCGAGUGCUGGAUCGUCGAGAUCUAAGCUUGAACAGAGGAGACAUCAACUCCCUUACGGUUUUAAUGAGCUGAAAAGAGCAACAGAGCAAAUCCAGUCGAUCGUUGACGAAUUAAAAGGCGAGAGACGCGUGGAUGGUCCCGACGACGAGCUAAUCGAAAUAAUUUCUCGACUCCGUGAAGGGUGGACGAAAACGAUCGCAAUUUACGGAGAGGAAGGCGUGGGGAAAACCACUCUGGCCAGAAGCGCUUACAAUGAUCCAUCAAUUGCUGAGCAUUUUGACGUCCGUGCUUGGGCCACAGUAUCCAGCGAAUACGAUCGGCCGCGAGUGAUUCGAGACCUUCUCCGAUCCAUGAAUGUCGAGAGUUCAUCUAAUGAUGAGGAUGAACUGACGCAGACUUUAUUGGAGAAUGUAAGGGGGAAGAGGUAUCUCAUUGUGUUUGAUGAUAUUAGGGAUUUCAGAGAUAGGGAAAAAUUAGGGAUUUUGCCCAAAGAAGGGAAUGGAAGUCGAAUAUUGUUAACCACGAGAUUGUUUAUAGGUUCUAAGUUUGUAGAUCUUUUUCACAAGAUGAGUUUUAUGGAUGAGGAUAAUGCUUGGAACCUGCUUGAAGAAAAGAUAUUCAAAGGGGAUCCUUGUCCUUCUCAAUUGGUGUCUGCCGGGAAGAUGAUUGCCAGAAGCUGCAGAUGGGUUCCAUGGCUUAUUGAGGUGGUUUGUGGAGUACUCGCUGCUGCUGACCAAACUGAAGCUGCGUGGGAAGAUAUUUCAGAAAACAUCAGGUUUGCUGCGUUUGACUAUGGUAACAGACAUUCUCGUAUACGAUCCCUAGGUUAUACAUACUUGCCUCAUCAUUUAAGGCCGUGUUUGUUAUACUUGGGAAUCUGUCGGAAGAUUCAUGUUUCGAAACUUGUUAAAAUGUGGGCUGCUGAGGGUUUUCUGAAUGAAACUGAAUGUAAAAGUGUUGAAGAGACAGGGGAAGAGUAUGUGCAGGAUCUUGUUCGGAGAAAUCUUGUUUCGGUCUGCAGUAGAAAGUCUAAUGGCAGAAUCAAGAGUAUCGAAAUAGAAGAUUUUUUCAUGUUUGAUUUGUGCGUAAAGCAAGGCCGUGUAGAUAGUUUCAGUUUUCGUGCUGAUAGCGGAUUUCGCAGUAGUAACUGGCUUAAGGAACUGAAGUCGUGCCGCGGUCGUGUGAGUUGCCGUGUUGAUGAGUUCUAUAAAUGUCCUAAUUUCCUGAAAGGUGUGUAUGGCUCUACUAUCCGAACUUUGAUGUUAUACAUGUCGAAGAGUCAACGAGGGUUUGGAUUGUCGAUAGGAAAUGUUAGACUGCUGAGAAUACUGGAUUUGUCAAAUGCUCGCCACUAUGAUUUGCCAAAGGGAGUGUUUGAGCUUUUUCAUCUCAGAUACCUAGCGUUUUAUUGUGGGUUCAGUAUUUCGAAAGCCAUUUCAGACCUUGUGAAUCUUCAAACCUUGAUUAUUUGUCCAAGGGAAAGUGACAGUAUCUUUGCCGAAUUUCCAGAUGGGAUUUGGAGAAUGCCACAAUUGAGGCAUCUCCUCGUAUCUUCUUUCAAGUUACCCACUCACAAAGACGCGACUUCUGCUCUGCUUGAGAGACAUGGUGGAGGAUUAUGA